CUGGGAGGGGGAAGAAGGUCAUCGUUCAAGAAAAGUUGCGCGAGUAAUACUGUAUAGAUGUGACUAUGUGUCAGCAAUUAGACAAAUCUUAUCAAUCUUCUCUCCGAUAAUCAAAAUGAGCAUUCGAGCCGUUUAUAUCAUACCAUCAGAAGAUGCAGAGGUUCCAAUAUUUUGCAAGUACUUUCCUAGUGUUGAAGUGCGGUGCAAGUCAAGAUUUGGGCAAUUUUAUGUGAAAAUUCCUUCAGAGAGAGAAUUUGUAAAACUUUUGUUCAUUGAGACUGGAAUUAAAAAUGGAGAUGUCUUUGUGGAAGAACGUGAUAAUUGUGAGAAAGAAUUCUCAAAUCCAGCAUUUCAGUUGAAAACAGAUUUUGGGAUUUUAUGGCCUGUUAUAAAAAUCCAACAUAAGAAAUUAAUUUAUUGUGCUAUAACUUUUGAGGAAAAUUUUAAAAUAAAUCAGCAAUCAGGCAGCAUGAAACUUGCUUUUAUGGCGAGUGUAACAACAUGCCUUGAAGCUUUAAAUGGUCUAUCACAACAUGUGGAUAACUGCACCACAUCACAGGAAAAAAUAGAUAGAGUGGAAUUACUGAGGUAUAUUAACUGUGCCUUUCCAUAUGGAAGACCUGUUUGCUGUAAUCCAUCGGUUGCUCUGAAUUUUUCAUCAACUUCCUGGAAAGGAAAAGUGAAGUGCAAUCAGAGUAAGAAUGCAAACCCAAUAGAUAUAUGUGGUACAGUCACAUGUACUUCAGAUGUAGAAGGUGUGUCACCAGAAAUAUCUGUUGUGUUGACAAAUUUACAUGAAAACAAAUGUGGUUUGUUAGUAAAUGCUUGUGUGACCAGUGUUGAAACAAUUUCUGCAUCAUCAACUCGCCUGAGGUUUCACCCAAUCAAAUCACAAAAUUUGUGCCUUUACAAAAUGAAGACUGUAUUUCCUCCUCCGAUAAUAGCUACAUUUUGCAUGAAGGUUAAAGAAGACAUUGCAGAUAUUACCUUUAAAUUAAAAUUACAAAGUGGUGUUAAAAAUGGAUUUCAGAAACUGGAGGCUCACAUACCAUUAAACUGUUUAAUUACUGCUGUUAAACCAAAAUGUUCACAAGGAUCUCUUACCGUUGCAUCUAAAAAUAAGUUGAUAUGGAACAUUGGGACUAAGUUACCGUCAAAAACUUUGGAGGCAACUUUGCACGCAAAAGCAAAAUUAAAAAGGGUCCUUGAGAAGUCAUCAGAACAAACAAUAACAGAUUCAUAUUUUGUUGACAAGGAAAAACAAACUGGGGAAAAGGAAACUGUGAAAACUGAAUAUGCGACUGUGAUUUUCAAAAUGCUUGAUUAUGUUUAUAGUGGAUUUAAAAUAGAUCCUCAGUUUGUCAUUGUGUCAACAUCGUCCAAAGUGAAUCGUUCAGUAUCCUGUGAAUGUUAUUCGGGAGUCUACAAAAUUUGGAAUGAGAAUAUUGAAAAUGUGAUUGAUGAUUUAUUAGAAGAACAGUUUGAAAGGGUUCUUGAAUGUAAUUAAUAAAAAAAUAUGCCCGUAAUGUACUUUAAAUAGGUCAUCAAUGAGAAGAUACUGAAAGAAAUUUAAGAAUAAAGAUUUUGUAUAUUCUAUAAGGAUGAUGUGAAAAAAAGAGAAAGCACACUUCCUAAAAGAAGUGCUAGAACUUUCUGAACUGUUUUUAAUUUUGUGCAAAAGUUAGUAUCACUUUGAAGUUGUGAUUUUGGCAUUAUCUUAAAUAGCUAUUACUUUUAUACCAGAAAAGUAAUUUGUAAAUUGUAUAUAUGUUUAAGAUAUUUAAAAUAAUUGUGUUAAUAUUUGUUUUAAAAAUAAAUGUUUGUUAUCUCACAGUAUACUGAAACCACAAUUCCCCACUCCUAUUUAUUGGAUGCAAUUUACAUUUUCCGACACGUGCCCUACUCAUUUAUCUUAUUAAUAUGUAAUUCACUAUCUUACUAUUUCGAUUCUAGUGACAAUCGCUUAUGGUCAAAGAAAUUUAUACUCUGUGGAUUGUCAGCACUACCCAUGUGGGCUGGUUUCUCAUGAAAUUUGAUUUAAGUUUACUGAAAUGAUUGUGUUUUUCAAAAACCAUUGUCAAUCAAUGAUUUUGAAUUCUUAAGUAGAAACUGAACUUCAAAGAAAACAGAUUAUCAGAGAAGUGAUAAAAGUAAUUGGUAAGAUAGUUUUAUUUUAAAAGGUUUCUUUAAUCUUAAACAGUAAUACACUGGAAGGUUGAGGGUUGUAUAGGGUGUAACACCUCAACAUUUUGCCAAAUACUGGCAUGGGACUAUCUGAUCCCAACCACU